AUGGUCAAUUGGGAUCGAGAUUCUGCGGAAUUUCGACGAUCUCUUGCUGCUAUUCGCACGCAACCUGUAUCGCACUUGUGUCCAAAGCAACAGUCAGUCAUCACUGAUCCUAUAGUAACUGCAGCCGAAGCGCGUAACUUGAAGAUCUCGCGAUCCGCACCCUCAGAACUUGCUGAUGCACCCUCACAGAUGAAUUCACGUAGUUUAUUUAGCGGUGACCGGCAGUCAGGUGCGAAGAAAUCUGCCGCUCCUACGGGAUCGGAAGUUAACCUCGAACGUAAAACCACGAGUUCAACUCAUACAUUUAGCAGGCAACGGGAGAAACACCCGAGACCAAAUGAACCUGGUAAACGGAAGGGUUCGAUCCCUCACACAGCAAAUCCCGUAUUCGCUCCCGAAACGAAUCGUCCAUCAUCGACGCUGACGACACACAGCAUUCAAAAUGAAAAUCACCGUUCUGAAGGUGCUCAGCCUUAUUCCAGGAGCGAGGGAAACGCUGGAAAUGGUAGAAGACCAGAUGAAGUGCUUAAUGACCGACUGAGGUAUACUCAAUGGUUAAGUAGUCCUCAGGCAGCGCAAUGGUACAACCCAAACAUGAGGGCGGCAACAGAUCUCCAAAGCACAGAAGAACGCCGACAACAAAGACGCCGCGAACGACGGCUAUGGAGGCGCAAACAAAAAGAGGCACAGUUGAAUCACCAAGCUGGGCAAACGGGUGCGCACCAUAGCGAGCUUAAGUCCAAUCUAAGGCAACAACCUAUCAACCCUUAUGGAAAUGAGGACCGCAGUCCUUCAUACUGGCCUUAG